ACAUUAUACCAUAGAAAUUAAUAUAUUUUCCUUAUAUAUAUUACACUCCACCAAACAGAGCAGAGAAGAGGAAACACAACACCUGCUGAUCUUCUUCUCCAUUCACAUACUACACCCAAAAAAGAAAAAAAGAAAAAAAACUGAAAAAAAAUUUCAACAAUUUUUUUUUUCUGUUGAAUUUUAUUCAAUUUUGUUAUAAACUUGGAGUUUUAUAAUUAUUAUCAUUUUUGUGAGUAUGGUAUUGGUACAACAGGAAGAGGAAAUCCGUGUUGUUGGAGGAGGAGGGAGAAAGGGAAUGCGAUUAGGUAAAUAUGAAGUUGGAAAAACACUUGGUGAAGGUAACUUUGGCAAAGUGAAAUAUGCAAAACAUGUUGAUUCUGGUAAAUCUUUUGCUAUUAAGAUUUUGGACAAGAGUCGAAUACUUGAUCUCAGGUCUACUGAUCAGAUUAAGAGGGAGAUUGGUACUUUAAAACUCCUCAAACAUCCUAAUGUGGUUCGAUUAUACGAGGUUUUAGCGAGCAAAAGCAAGAUUUACAUGGUGCUAGAAUACGUGAAUGGUGGUGAAUUAUUUGACAGAAUCGUUUCCAAAGGAAAACUAUCGGAGGCCCAAGGUAGGAAGCUCUUCCAACAAUUGGUUGAUGGCGUUUGUUACUGUCACGACAAAGGUGUCUCCCACCGAGACCUCAAGCUAGAAAAUGUACUCAUCGAUUCAAAGGGAAACAUAAAAAUUACCGACUUUGGGCUCAGUGCUUUACCCCAACAUUUUCGGGAUGAUGGGCUGUUGCAUACCACUUGCGGUAGUCCAAACUACGUCGCUCCAGAAAUUCUUUCUAACAGAGGAUAUGAUGGCGCGACAUCAGAUACCUGGUCUUGUGGUGUCAUAUUAUAUGUCAUCCUCACCGGUUAUUUACCCUUCGAUGAUAGAAAUCUUGCAGUACUUUAUCAAAAGAUACUUAAAGGGGACGUUCAUAUACCAAAAUGGCUAUCCGCAGGAGCAAAGAACCUUAUAAAGAGGAUUCUUGAUCCCAACCCACAUACUCGUAUAACAAUGGCACAAAUCAAAGAAGACGGAUGGUUCAAACAAGACUAUAUUCCUGUAAAUCCCGAUGAAGAAGAUUUAGAAAGCGAUGAUCAUGCAUCGACAGAUGAUCAAGUCUUCACCAUGCAAGAAACACCACUUGAUGCUCAAAGAGAUCCCGAAUCACACCUUAUCAAUGCCUUUCAGCUCAUAGGAAUGUCGUCGUGCCUGGAUCUCUCUGGAUUUUUUGAGAAAGAGGAUGUUUCCGAGAGGAAGAUCAGAUUUACAUCCAGUCUCUCUCCAAAACAGUUGCUGGAGAGGAUCGAGAAUAUGGUGACUCAAAUGGGAUUUCAUGUCCAGAAAAGACACGGAAGGUUGAAAGUGAUGCAAGAGCAGAAAGGCCACAAAAGCGCGACUAGUCUAUUGGUAGUUGCAGAGGUCUUCGAGAUCAGCCCAUCACUGUAUGUUGUAGAGUUACAAAAAUCUUCAGGGGAUUCGACAGUAUAUAGACAGUUGUGUAAUAGGUUAUCGAAUGACUUGGGAGUACACCGAAGUGAAGAGCUCCUAGCUACUACCGAUGAUUUGUUGUGAAAGCUGGACCAUUUGCAUCGGUCACUAGAUACAUUCUUUCGUUCUUUUUUUGCCCCGUUUCUCCUCCUCUUCUUCCCUGUUUGGAGGAGUCGACGAGCUGUGAGCAGUAAGCACACCCUUGGAGUUGGUUGUUUGACUCAUCAAUAGCGUGAGAUUAAGUGUACAUAGGAGGGAACGAGAUCUCUUGUCCUCUUACAAUUGAAACAUGUAAAAAGGACGUAAAAUUUUAAAAAUAUAUACUAUAUAUGUAAAGGGCUAGAAAACUAUUUCUCCCUAAAUACGGCAGAAAUCGCCUUAUCGAUUAGUACAUUAAGGUAAAUUUGUAUUUUGUAGUGUCUAUUAUUUAGAGGGACUUAUUGAGUCUCCAGGCAAAUGUCCUCUUUGGAACAUGGCUAUUAAUGGCCUUAUUGAUUAGUAAAUUCAAUUAAAUUUGUAUUUUGUAGUAUCAAUUAUUAGGAUUUUAGUCUUUACAAAGGCCUUUGAAUUGUCCAAGUAGAUGUUCUUUUUGAAAUAAAUAAAAUAAAAAUGCUUUAUGUGAUUUAAGAUAAAGUUACUUUGCA